AUGAAACUUGAUAGUAUAUUAAUAAUUUUAAUCGUCAAUGCGAUAUUUUGGAGUUUAAUUAAUUCUGUUAAAAAUAAUAAAGAGAAAAAUGAGUUAAGUAGAGUUGGGGAAACCUCAAAGGAUAACGACGAAGCUGAAUCAUCGGUUAAUGCUCAAAUUCGAAUGUUAAACCCAAAAGCUAAAAUUACAAAAAAGGGCACAACUAAAGAUAAUAAAGAAGAAAAAAAGUUGAAUCAAAGGAAAUAUAUGAGAAUGUGGCGUCAAAAUAAUAAGGAAAAGAUAAAAGAAAAAAAUAGAAAAUAUCGAGAAAUUAAUAAGGAAAAAUUGGCAGAAUACCGUCAAAAUAAUAAAGAAAAUAAGCUAGAAUAUAAUCGAAAAUAUCGAGAAGCAAAGAAAAACAAAAAAGAAACAUUACAAAAUAUACAGUCAACAGUAGGAGAUAAUGGAGAAACUUCCUUUGUUAAUACACAGAAUGAUUUUAGAGAUAAAGGUAAAUUGCCAGUCGUUUACGAAGAGGACAUUCGGGCUGAAGAAGAAAAUCUUAUCAAUCUGGGAGAGAAAGCAGGUAACAAAGACGAGGCAGAAACUAAUUUGGAUGACCAAAAUCAUUCGGUGAUUGAAAAGCCAAAUAAAAUUUCCGAGAAUUACAUGAAUCAGAUAGAUUUAAAUGAGCAUCCUUUUGAUCUGAACGAGAAACCUGACGACAAAGAGGAAGAUGUUUAUUAA